AUGGCAACUCAUCAAACUGCCAAAACAAGCUAUGUUCCCUAUCGAGAUGGGAAAAUAGCAUAUCGCCGAUUUGGAGCUCCCAGUGGUGUUCCACUGCUCUUUCUUAUCCAUUUCCGCGGCACCAUGGACAAGUGGGAUCCCCUCCUCAUAAAUAACAUUGCAGCUUCCCGGCCAGUUAUCCUUGUCGACUACGUCGGAGUCGGACAGAGCACUGGCAUUGUCGCCAACAAUUUCCGAGAGUGGGCAGAUGACAUGCUCGAAUUCCUAUCUUUGAUCGACGUCAAGGAAGUUGACCUCUUUGGCUUCUCCCUUGGCGGAUUUGUGGCCGAGAUGAUGACGCUAAACGCUGAUCCAAAAAAGCUCAAGAUCCGAAAGCUCAUCCUUGCAGCCGAGGAGUGGUGGGCUCGCAUCCACGAACGAAACGAGUCCACGAGCGGAGAAGUCCCCACCGAAUGGCUAUCUCAAGGGUUUAAGGAUGGCGGAGCAGGAAUGAAAGCGCAAGUAGACGCCCUGGACAAAUGGUCCAACCCAGAAACCAGCCGUGGCUUGGAGGGCUCUUACGACAGACUGGAGCAGAUUGAUAUUCCUGUUUUGACUGCCAAUGGCUCGAACGACUUCAUGAUUCCGACUCUCAACUCAUUCAACAUUCAGCAGAAGCUACCCAAUGCUACGCUACAUGUUUACCCAAACAGCGGUCAUGCUUUUCACUACCAGUACGCCGAGAAGUUUUCAAAGCAGGCUGUACUGUUCCUUGACGAAUAA